CUUCCCACGCGUGGAAUCCUCCGCCGUUGCCUGGCGCUGCUCCCCGGGCGGGAGGCGGAGGCGGCCCCAGCCGCUGGCCAAAGGCAAAGGGGAACUUUCAACCCUGCCCGGGGAGGGGGCCGGGGCGCUUCCCCGCCUCCUGCCGGCUUCCCUCGCCAGCCGAAGGGCGAGGCUGCCCUUGGAGAAGGAGGCAGGCAGGCGAGUGCGCCGGUCGGUUCCUCCGCCUCCUUCGCCGGACGGGCUCCAGCGCUUCGGGGGAGGGAGGGAGCCAAGCAGGCAGGCAGGCAAGGAGGCACGCAGGGGCCGGCAGCCGGCGCGGCUCGGGGGCUCAUGGAGCGCUGGAAGAACCGGGUGGCGUUGGUCACGGGCGCCUCGGUGGGCAUCGGAGCGGCCGUGGCUCGGGCGUUGGUGCAGCACGGGCUGAAAGUGGUGGGCUGCGCCCGGAGCGUGGACAAGAUCGAGAAGUUGGCAGCCGAGUGCGAGAGUGCAGGGUAUCCGGGCGUCCUCAUCCCGUAUAAGUGUGACCUCUCGGUGGAAGAGGAGAUUCUGUCCAUGUUCUCCGCCAUCAAGACUCUCCAUCAAGGCGUUGACGUCUGCAUCAACAACGCUGGCCUGGCGCGGCCAGAACCUCUGCUCUCUGGCAAGACCGAGGGCUGGAGAACCAUGAUAGAUGUGAGUAUUUUGGAUUUCACAGCUCAUCCAAGUGAUUGA